AGCCGUAAUAAGCGCUCUAUUAUAUUCUGCCAUUCAUAACAGCUAACAGCCAGCAAUGUACCCGCCAAACAACCUGUGGCUCCCAGUUUCCCCUACAAUCUACCCGCACUAUGACCCACCCAGGAACAGAGUAGCGCCAUGGGCUCUCACGCCUUGCCUUUCAGUGCAGCUAAGAAUACUGUUGCGUCCACGGGUUUUCAACAACUGCUGCCCACGAACUUACAGUCUGCUCUCUGGAAUCCCACAAGCUGUUGCUCAACUCCCACUAGAAAUCUGCCGCUUGACACUCUCAGGCAUCCAACGACCUAACAGAGAGUCAGCUGAUCAUGACGUAAUCAUCCCAUUCGUCCGCUUCCCUGAAGCAAAGUCUUCCGCGAUUGUAGCUGGCUGUUUGCCGGUGACGUCAGUCGUGGAGCGGCGGAAGAUGGCGGAUAGCAUUCCAUUGCAACCGGUACAGAAACGAGCGGCCUAUUACACUGCAGACAGGAGCAAGAGGAGGUAUCAGUUAGAAGAUGAAGCAUCUCCUUUAGAUGAAAUGCCACUUAUGAUGUCAGAAGAAGGUUUUGAAAAUGAUGAAAGUGACUACCAAACUCUGCCAAGAGCCAGGAUUACUCGGAGAAAAAAAGGGCUGGAAUGGUUUCUUUGUGGAGGGUGGAAGUUUCUUUGCACCAGCUGCUGUGAGUGGCUAAUAAAUGUGUGCAGAAGAAAAAAGGAGCUAAAAGCUCGCACUGUAUGGCUUGGAUGUCCAGAGAAAUGUGAAGAAAAAUAUCCUAGGAAUGCAAUAAAAAAUCAAAAGUACAACAUCUUUACAUUCAUACCUGGGGUUUUGUAUCAACAAUUCAAGUUCUUCUUAAAUUUGUAUUUUCUGGUGGUUGCUUGUUCCCAGUUUGUAUCCGCAUUAAAAAUAGGCUACUUGUACACCUAUUGGGCACCUUUGGGCUUUGUUUUAGCUGUCACAAUGGUGAGGGAAGCAGCCGAUGAAUAUCGGAGAUUCCAGAGAGACAAAGAAAUGAACUCCCAAUUAUAUAGCAAGCUUACGAUUCGAGGUAAAGUGCAGGUGAAAAGUUCAGAUAUCCAAGUUGGUGACCUAAUUAUAGUGGAAAAGAAUCAACGAAUCCCAGCUGAUAUGGUCUUUCUGAGAACCUCAGAGAAAACUGGUUCAUGCUUUAUUCGGACUGACCAAUUAGAUGGUGAAACAGAUUGGAAACUCAAGAUUGCUGUGAGCUGUACCCAGAGAUUGCCAGCAUUGGGAGAUCUCUUUUCAAUCAAUGCUUAUGUUUAUGCUCAAAAGCCACAACUUGAUAUUCACAGUUUUGAAGGUAACUUUACACGGGAGGAUACUGAUCCAUCUAUACAUGAAAGUCUCAGUAUUGAAAAUACUCUGUGGGCCAGCACUGUGGUUGCGUCCGGUACAGUCAUUGGCGUGGUCAUUUAUACUGGAAAGGAGACCAGAAGUGUAAUGAAUACUUCGAAUCCUAAAAACAAGGUGGGCAUGCUGGACCUCGAGCUGAAUCAGUUGACCAAAGCCCUUUUCUUAGCCCUUGUUGCGCUUUCCGUGGUAAUGGUAACCUUGCAAGGAUUUGUUGGGCCUUGGUAUCGUUACUUGUUUCGGUUCCUCCUGCUUUUUUCCUACAUCAUCCCAAUAAGCUUGCGUGUGAACCUCGAUAUGGGUAAAGCUGCUUAUGGAUGGAUGAUCAUGAGAGAUGAGAACAUUCCAGGGACUGUAGUAAGAACCAGCACGAUUCCUGAAGAACUUGGGCGCUUAGUUUAUUUACUUACAGAUAAAACAGGAACUCUGACACAAAAUGAAAUGGUCUUUAAACGUCUUCACCUUGGUACCGUGUCCUAUGGCACAGAUACAAUGGAUGAAAUCCAGAAUCAUAUAGCAAGUUCCUACUCGCUGGUGCAGCCAUCCCAAAGCUGUAAUAACAAUACCAGUGCAACGCCUUCUAGAAAAGGCCAGUCUUCAGCACCUAAAGUACGCAAAACUGUAAGCAGCAGAGUCCAUGAAGCUGUAAAGGCAAUAGCUUUGUGCCAUAACGUAACCCCUGUCUAUGAAUCACGUGCUGGAGUAAAUGGGGAAACAGAGUAUUCUGAAGUGGAUCAGGAUUUCUGUGAUGAAAAUCGAACUUACCAAGCAUCUAGUCCCGAUGAGGUAGCACUGGUACAAUGGACAGAGAGUGUUGGUCUGACCCUGGUCAAUAGAGAUUUGACUUCAAUGCAACUGAAGACCCCUGGCGGACAGAUAUUAACAUUUUGCAUUCUACAGAUCUUUCCAUUCACAUCAGAAAGUAAACGAAUGGGGAUCAUAGUGAGAGAAGAAUCUUCAGGGGAUAUAACUUUCUAUAUGAAAGGGGCUGAUGUUGCCAUGGCCACCAUAGUACAGUAUAAUGACUGGCUGGAUGAGGAGUGUGGAAACAUGGCAAGAGAAGGGCUCCGGACUCUGGUUGUUGCCAAGAAAUCAUUAUCAGAAGAACAGUAUCAAGAUUUUGAGAAUCGAUACAACCAGGCAAAGCUAAGCAUGCAUGACAGAGCAUUAAAAGUGGCAGCAGUGGUGGAGAGCCUGGAGAGAGAGAUGGAAUUGCUCUGCUUAACCGGUGUUGAGGACCAACUGCAAACAGAUGUACGGCCAACACUCGAAAUGCUUAGAAAUGCUGGAAUAAAGAUAUGGAUGCUAACUGGAGAUAAGCUAGAGACUGCAACAUGUAUAGCAAAAAGUUCACACCUAGUAUCAAGAAAUCAAGAUAUUCAUAUAUUCAGACCAGUGAGUAAUCGAAGUGAGGCUCACUUAGAACUAAAUGCUUUCAGGAGAAAGCAUGACUGUGCCUUGGUAAUAGCUGGGGAUUCCCUAGAGGUGUGUUUAAAGUACUACGAGCAUGAAUUUGUUGAACUUGCUUGCCAGUGUCCUGCUGUUGUGUGUUGCCGAUGUUCCCCAACUCAGAAAGCUCAUAUUGUGAAGCUUCUACAGCAGCAUACGGGAAGGCGCACAUGUGCUAUAGGUGAUGGUGGAAAUGAUGUGAGCAUGAUUCAAGCAGCUGACUGCGGCAUUGGAAUUGAGGGAAAGGAAGGAAAGCAAGCCUCCCUGGCAGCCGAUUUCUCUAUUACCCAGUUCAAGCACAUUGGCAGAUUAUUAAUGGUUCACGGGCGAAACAGCUACAAGAGAUCGGCGGCGCUGGGUCAAUUUGUCAUCCACAGAGGCCUAGUCAUUUCAACUAUGCAGGCUGUUUUCUCUUCAGUCUUCUAUUUCGCAUCUGUUCCUUUGUACCAGGGAUUCCUAAUGGUAGGGUAUGCAACCAUCUACACAAUGUUUCCAGUGUUCUCCUUGGUGUUGGACCAAGAUGUCAAGCCAGAGACUGCAUUACUCUAUCCAGAGCUAUAUAAAGAUCUCACAAAGGGAAGAUCCUUGUCUUUUAAAACCUUCCUCAUCUGGGUUUUAAUCAGCAUUUACCAAGGUGGCAUCUUAAUGUUUGGAGCACUGGUGCUCUUUGAGUCGGAAUUUGUUCAUGUGGUGGCCAUUUCUUUUACUGCCUUGAUCCUGACAGAACUACUGAUGGUCGCCCUAACCAUAAGGACGUGGCACUGGCUAAUGGUGGUUGCGGAACUGUUUAGCCUUGCCAGCUAUGUGGCUUCUCUUGCUUUCCUUAAUGAAUAUUUUGGUCUUGGUAGAGUGUCACUGGGAGCUUUCCUAGAUGCUGCCUUUAUUACAACUUUAACUUUCCUAUGGAAAGUGUUGGCAAUCACCGUGGUGAGCUGUCUUCCGCUCUACAUCCUCAAGUACUUGAAGCGCAAAUUCUCCCCUCCUAGUUACUCCAAACUCACCUCCUAGAAGUGCCCGCCAUGUCUGGAUCCACCCACAUGCCCUCCGGCCGGGUUAUGGCGUUCGCUCAAUUGCUUCUUAAAGGGAUUAGAGGGACUUGAGCACAACAGAGAGGCAAUUGCUAUGAGAUAAACACAAGAAGAGGACAUUAUAACUGAUACUAGUCAGUAGGAACGGAACCAAAAUGGCUGUCACAUUCUCCAUUUUUGUUGACUAAACUCAGCAUGGAUCAGUCACAAUAACCAUAAUGCGCUUAAACCACUAAAAAUCACUUGAUUUUACUCCAUUCCUUGCUAUUGUACUUAAAAUGCCAAUGAGCAACAGAUUUGUUUCAUAUGCUGCUAAAUGCCAUAACAUCAGCCAGUUAUAAAUAUGCACUAUAUUUAAUGGGUAUCAUUGUUUAUAUAGCAAAGCGGGAGCUUCUUCUUUCCCUUCCCAUCUAAAAA